UUGUCAUUUAUUUUUGUUUCAACCGCUGCAGUUGUUUAAAACUUCUUCGUCGGGUUUUGGUUUAAAUCAACACACAAUAUAUUGAAUUUUUAUAAUACAGCUUUCCAAAGUGUAUCAAUUAAAACAAUGAAUAUGGAGUAAAGGCUCGUAUAAUUUCAACAGGUGGCAGAGUGAUUGGCUGAACAAAACAGAAAGAAACAGUACCCGUGCAUUGUUAUUAGCAUACCCCACGAAGUGACUGAGUGUUCUACUCGAUUUAAGCAGGCAUAUUGCUGAUAAUUGUAGAAAAUGGUGCUGGAUACAAGUACCGAAAGCGCCAUACCUUUCUCUAUGAACGUGCCAGCUUUCAAUUAUAGUGAGGAAGCACAUCUCCUAGCUGAAACGCCGCUCUCAGAAUUGAGCACGGAAACAUGCUUUAAACUUUCAGAAAUGUUGAAUGGUCGUAAAAUUUUAAGACAUGCGGGACAUGAUCGUGACUGGCGCGGCAUAGCCGAAUUGGCAAAAGUGCGGAACUUCUGUAAUAAUAACUCUGACGAUCCAAUGCAUACGGUGUUGAGUCAAUGGACGCAACGGAAUAUUGCGGAGGCUACAUGUUAUCAUUUACUGCAUUUUCUUUCCAAAAUCGAUCGGUGGGAUGUGAGUGACGAUAUUUUUACGUUUCUGGUGAAAGACGCUCGCCUGUUCGAGAGCAAAAGGUCACAUGCAAAUGCAACAGAGUGUGUUUCAAUUACUCCAAUUGAAUGUAAUGAUGCAUAUUUAGUUGAAAAUAAUGAAAAUGGGGAAAAUGAAAGCGAAAAAGGCAGUGACCACACGGAUAGUGGCGAAAAUGAAGAUGGCGGCUCAAGUUCCUCAGCAAGUGCACCACCAAGUCCGCCACCUAGUCCGCCACCAAAUCUGGAAUCCCUAAUUGAACGUGUAGAGGAAUUAACAAAUGCAACUGGUAGCGCCCGAGUAAGCGCACCAACAGCUGCACUUGUUGUGCCAGAGGCAAUGCCUGUAGCUGUACAAACUACUAAACCGAUGACCGAAAAAUACGAAAGCGAACAGUAUACGAACGAAGUAAAUCCGCUAACACGCCAAGAUGCAGCGCGUUUACGCAGGGGUUUGCCGCUAACAAAAUACGAUGCGUUCGUAUUAUACGCUGAGCCCGAUCAGCAUUACGCCAAUGAAAUGCAACAAAAGUUAGAAAAAUAUACCGAAUAUAAUUUUGGGCUUGUGUUUAAGAACCGCGAUUUGCUCGGUGGCACUUUCUUUCACGAUGCCGUGACUGAGCUCAUGGAAGAUCGCUGUAAUUAUGUGUUGCUAAUUGUAACACCAAAUUUUAACCGCGACUAUGAGAGUUGCUUCUUCUUUCACAAUGCGCAAACGUUGCAAUUGCAGGAAAAUCGUCGCAAAAUUAUACCUUUACUCUACGGCUUACAGUUGCCGCGUCGUUUACGUGGUCUGCAUACUUUAAAAUAUCAUAGUGAACAUUUUUGGGAUCUUUUGGUCGAUUCCUUAAGCGUCAAAGAAUUACCACCACUCACAAAAACCACAGAAUAUAAUCACAACAUGCCAGCGCUACCAAGUAUGCCCAAACCACCAGACACGCCAAUAGCAGCAGCUGACGAAAAUAAACCCCAAACAAAAUCAAAAAGUAAAGCCACUGCUGAUAAACGCACGGGUAAAAAGAAGUUUUUGAAAAGGCCCGAAUGGAUAAAGAAGAACAAAGUCCAACAAUAACACAAAUAGUGCCUUACCAUAGCCACAGUGAGGCGUGUGCGCAUUUACUUGCUAAUUUUAAAGAAACCAAAAAUUAUACACAUACCUACAUACAUAUGUACAGUGAGAUGAACUGUUAUAUGCUAUGUGCAGUGCCUUUUUUUAUAUUAAUAUUUGCAGUCUAUAUUUUGUAGCUUAGUUUGUUUUAAAAAAAAAUCUAUCUCAUAGUUUUAGUGAAUAAAUAUCGAAUCAAUUAUAUGUACUUAAAAAUGUUUGUCAUUAAAUAUUUGCAAAUCAA